AUGCAGCAGGCUUUUCUCAAUUUCUGCAACAUUUUAACUUUAAAUGAAACCGAAGCCUCGGAGCAAGGUCGCUGCCUGUGGAUCGCCAGUGCAGGUCUGGAGCCGUUGCUGGACAUCACAGCAUGCGGACCGUCGGUGGCAGGGUGCUGGGGGGACGGGUUCUUGUCAUACAAGAAACUACAGCUCCACCACAACCCCCAGUUGCACAGGAUCAUCAAACACCAACCAGGACCCAACCUGCUGAUGAGAUCGUUUGUUGUAUCAGCUUCAUUUGAUAACCCUGCCACUGCUCAAAUUUCGAAAGGUUUUGUGUAUGCUCCUGUAAUAGAAGUUCCCCAUGAAGAAGCAUUUUUAACGGAAAAGCAAUGGGGAUUAUUUGAAAGUGGUCGUUAUAACAAAGUCCCCAUCUUUAUAGGAAUGACCAGUGAAGAAUCAAUGACGCUAAUGCAUGCAAAUUCGACUGAAACCUGGGAUGCUUAUGAUAAUAAUCCAAGCAUUAUGGUGCCAUAUGAUCUACAUAUAACUAAUACGGAUAUUAAGAAGUCAAUAGGUUGGGAAAUUUGGAACCAAUUCACUGAUGGUGAGGGUUUUAAUAAUGAUCUCGUAAAAGGAAUAAGGUACCACAGCGUCCACGAUUUCGAUAAGGCAUCAAUUAAGCAAGCUGAAUUAAUGUCGAAUCAUAGCGAUGUAUAUUUUUAUCAGUUUUCAUAUAGCGGAUUAAUGGGGUAUUUUGGUUAUAGAUUAGCAGGCUGUGGCAACGUUUCUCAUGCAGAAGAAUUGUAUUAUUUGUUUAGCAAGUGGUAUAGUAAUGAUAUUCCUGACAAUACUGACAUGUCUUACUUUCCUGAAGCAGAUCAAAAGGUGCAUUUUAGGAUUAUGGCUUUGUGGACUAAUUUUGCUAAAUAUUUGAAUCCAACACCACCUUUUGUUGAUGUAGAUCUCUUGCAAAAUGUGACCUGGGAACUUGUAAAGCCUAAUGAGUUUAGAUACCUGGAUAUUGAGAAGGAUUUGAUUAUGGUGACAGGUUAUCCCAAGGAAAAAAAAUACUUAUUUUGGGAUACUUUAUACAAAAAAUAUGCUGUUCCGCCAUUAGAUACAUUUUAAAGCUGUGUUUAAUAGAUUUUAAUAUUUAAAAGUUUCCAUGAAAACUGAGUAAUUUUAAUCGAUAAGAAAUAUUAUCUAAAAAAAAUAUAAAGCCAUUCAACGUAUUUGGAUAAAAAAACUAUUGUUUUUAGGUGCAGUCGUUGCAAAGUAAUACGAUAUUCCUGGUUAAAAAAAUCCUAUGUAGUUGUUUAAAACAGACUGGGAAAUUAGGCAAAAUUUAAUAACACCGUUUAAAAUAAUCUUUUAUUCUCAUUUAUUUACCUAAAAUAUUACAUUAAUACAUUAAACAGUUUAAGGCGUUUUUAAUUGUUUUCAUUAUUUCUUGUUGUAUUUUUGGACGGAUACUGGACGCCGUAUAAA